AUGUUCACGAUAUUCCGAACAGUGAAAGAGGACACCGGGACGUACCAAUGCAACGCCAGCAAUCCUGUUGGCUGGGACAUUGUUGAAUACGACGUACGAGUGAGAGGUAAGCAACUCUUCUGGCACACAUUCGGCUACGUCUGUCAGGUUACAAUGCCGCCACAGAUCGACGCCUCCAACUGGCAGCGCGAGGUGCACUGGUUCGUCAAUCAGUCGCGCUCGCUCGACUGUACUCUGAUGGCUGGCGCCGACCCUCCAGCCACCAUCACCUGGGAACGCGGUGAUAUUCCUUUAAGGCCGGGGCCUAACUUGCGUAUCUCGCCGGACGGUACCAAAGUCACGGUUCCGCUGGUGAGCCAACGAGAUGCCGGGGAGUAUCGGUGUCGGGCACAGAAUGAGGCUGGCAACUCGUCGAUUGACUUCAACGUCUUCGUCUACGGUAAGCCUCAAUGCACUACACCGGCAAGCACAUGUUCCUUCUGA